AUCAGCUUCGAAACUGUAGUGAGGAUGGACCCCAGCUGUUCUCGAGACUGGGAGUCACGGGGUGGAGAGGGGAGCGCUAGGGUGUGCAUUUUUGGAGAGAGAACGACCUCAUAGGAUCACCUACUCUAACACUGGCCCUGUGCACGCUGAGAAGCAGGGUGUUUAGGACCCAGGGGAAGCCCGAGGGCGGCUCGCUGGGCGGCGGGAGAUUCUCCCUCCCCUCUCCCCUGCCACCCGCCGCCGGGUGAGCGGCUCAGAUGUCCCCGUAGCCGCACGGCUCUGGUGCUCUGCACCCUCCAUCUGCGGCGGCGGGGGGGGCUGGCGGCCCUGGCCCCUGCCCAGUCCCCUCCCCCACCCCCAUGCCUCAGCCUUAACCCCUCUGCCCUCCCCCGCGGGGGGCAUUUCCCUGUGUCCCCUGCCCGCCCCGUCCAAGUCGGGCGCCAUGAACGAUCAGUACCACCGGGCCGCCCGGGAUGGCUACCUGGAGCUCCUCAAGGAGGCCACCCGGAAGGAGCUGAAUGCCCCCGACGAAGAUGGCAUGACCCCCACACUCUGGGCUGCCUACCAUGGCAACCUGGAGUCGCUGCGCCUCAUCGUGAGCCGCGGGGGUGACCCGGACAAGUGCGACAUCUGGGGCAACACACCCCUGCAUCUGGCAGCUGCCAAUGGCCACCUGCACUGCCUGUCCUUCCUGGUGUCCUUCGGGGCCAACAUCUGGUGCCUGGACAACGACUACCACACGCCGCUGGACAUGGCCGCCAUGAAGGGCCACAUGGAGUGCGUGCGCUACCUGGACUCCAUCGCGGCCAAGCAGAGCAGCCUCAACCCCAAGCUGGUGGGCAAGCUGAAGGACAAGGCCUUCCGCGAGGCGGAGCGGCGCAUCCGAGAGUGCGCCAAGAUGCAGCGCAAGCACCACGAGCGCAUGGAGCGGCGCUACCGGCGGGAGCUGGCCGAGCGCUCGGACACGCUCAGCUUCUCCAGCCUCACGUCCAGCACCCUGAGCCGCCGGCUGCAGCACCUGGCGCUGGGCAGCCAGCUGCCCUACUCGCAGGCCACCCUGCACGGCACGGCCAGGGGCAAGACCAAGAUCCAAAAGAAGCUGGAGCGGCGCAAGCAGGGCGGGGAGGGGACCUUUAAGGUCUCGGAGGACGGGCGCAAGAGCGUGCGCUCGCUCUCGGGGCUGCAGCUGGGCAGCGACGUGAUGUUCGUGCGCCCGGGCACCUACGCCAACCCCAAGGAGUGGGGCCGCGCCCCGCUCCGGGACAUGUUCCUCUCGGACGAGGACAGCGUCUCCCGUGCCACGCUGGCAGCCGAGCCUGCCCACUCGGAGGUCAGCACCGACUCAGGCCACGACUCCCUGUUUACCCGCCCUGGCCUAGGCACCAUGGUGUUCCGCAGGAACUACUUAAGCAGUGGCCUGCACGGGCUGGGCCGUGACGACGGGGGCCUGGAUGGGACGGGCACGCCACGGGGUCGGCUGCAGAGCUCCCCCAGCCUGGACGACGACAGCCUGGGCAGUGCCAACAGUUUGCAGGACCGCAGCUGCGGGGAGGAGCUGCCCUGGGACGAGCUGGACUUGGGCUUGGACGAGGACCUGGAGCCCGAGACGAGCCCGCUGGAGACCUUCCUGGCCUCCCUGCACAUGGAAGACUUUGCCUCCCUCCUGCGGCAGGAGAAGAUCGACCUGGAGGCACUGAUGCUGUGCUCGGACCUCGAUCUCCGCAGCAUCAGCGUCCCGCUGGGACCGCGCAAGAAGAUCCUGGGGGCCGUGCGGAGGCGGAGGCAGGCUCUGGAGCGGCCGCCUGCCCUGGAGGACACGGAGCUAUAACCCGGGUUCCUCCCCUGAGACCAAAAUGAAUUGCAAGUUGCCACAACCUGUGACGGGCCUGCAAGGUCCCCACAGUCGCCAGCCCUGCUGCCCUCUUUCCCAGGAGUAAGGACCUCAGCCUGCCUACACCCGGAGCAGAGACUGUGGCCUGGAGGCAUCCAGACGGGGACCAGAACAUCCCAGAGCGCCAGUUCUGAGGGCUCCUGCAGCCCUGGGCCACUCUACCUGAGUGGCUCUGAAGCACGUGUGGAUUUGUGCGCCAGGCUCUGGUCGGGGCUGGUUCACACCAGAGACUAGAUGACAUCAGAGGUGGAUGGGAAGGAGGGCUGGCGGGACACAGCCUAUCUCAGGUGCAUGGUCUCCCUGGGCUUUCCUCCCUGGCCCUCCCUGGAGGGGCCUGUCUUCUCAGGCUAGAGACUUGCUUGCUUUUUCCUUUUUUGUGAAGGGAAGAGUUUGGGCUGCCUCGCCUCCCAGAAGCCCCAGAGGGGAGGUUUCCAGCCAGACUCUUCAGCCAAACGCCCUGCCUUUCGGUCCCCACCCCACCCCCACAGACAUGAGAAGGCCACCGGCCGGCCAUGGCCGGAGCUGGAGGACCAUGCUGGGUCAGCUGGAGCCUGUCGUCCUUCAGCUCCCCUCCUCUGCUGUGCAUCCUGGCCCCUCCAGGGACCCGUAGGGGCACACGGUGCUAGAGCUGCAAGCCACAGUAUUAUGGUCCCCAGGCCUGGCGGGCACAGCUCUUUGGAGAAUGGCAUCUGCCAACUGCCUCAGAAUCUUCAGGCUCUGGCAAGCAGGUGGGCAUAGCCGGGGGUUGGGUGUGAGCCGAUCCUAUGAGAGGGAUGCUGUGUGUCCCAGCGCUUUGUGGCAAUGAGACUUGGCAAAAGCCAGCCCAGAGGGUCCUUAGAGCAUGUCCUCAGGGCUUUCCCAGAAGACCAAGGUCACGGAAGUGGGACGGUCCCUCAGGACCCUGUAUGUGUGCACAUCCACACCCACACCCACACAGGUGUUAGCAGUGCCCCCAGUCUCUGACCCCAGCUUUGGAAGCAGCCCUUGCCAGGAGGUGGCCACUGCCCCCAGCUCCUUCCUGGGCCCCCUUGGCUGGGGUUGGGAAAGAGCCCCCAAAGACCUCAUUGGUCUGCCCAAGUGGGGGCCCCAUCUGUGUAUGUGCCCAGAGCUUGGGGUGUGAAGGAAGGAUCCUUCUCCCACUGCAGGACCCUGAGGGCUCACGGCCUGCCAUCCUCCCCCUUGUUCCUGCCUCUGGGCCUCUGGGCCACCCCAAGUGCCGACUUAUCUUUCUCUGAGCCCCAGAUGCUGCUGUUCUUCCUGCACACCCACUUGUCAGUGUGUGGAGGGGCCAGGCUCCAAAUCCCGCCACCAUACACCAACCUACCCGCAGGCUCAUUACAACUUUUGCAGAGAAAGUUCUA